AUGAAAAAGUUGCCAGAAAAAUUUCAAGGUUAUAAACAAUAUGUGGCCAUCAAAACUGAUUUGAACGCGCUUGUCUACGAUUGUGGUUGUCCAACGGACUUUGGGAAUGAUUGGGAAGAACUACUAAUCAGGCAUGGAUUACAGGAGAAUGAAUGGUUAUGUACUUUAUAUGAAGAGAGACACAUAUGGGUACCUUGUUACUUGAGGAAUCAUUUCUGGGUGGGCAUGUCAACUACUCAAAGAAGUGAGGGAAUGAAUGCUUUCUUUCAUGGAUUUAUAUAUUCUAGAACCAUACUUCAUCAAUUUGUGGUUCAAUAUGACAAUGCCCUCAGAGUGAAGGCACAAAAAGAAAUACAAGUUGAUUUCUCGUCCCUCAACACCAGGGUUGCAUGUGGCUCUCAGUCACCGAUCGAGAGACAACUUCAAUUAGAGUACACACAUGCAAAGUUUGAGGAAGUCCAGACAGAGUUUCGGUCAAGGAUGAAUUGUUUCAUCAAAGAAACCAUAAAGGACAACUUCAACACUUACACAAUGAAAGAGGAACACAUGUGGAAAGGUAAAUGUGCAGAUAAACUUUAUAAGGUGCAAUUUGAUCCAGUCACAAAAAAUAGCACAUGUCUUGCCUAUUAUUUGAGUUUAGAGGCAUCAUUUGUCCCCAUUGCCUUUUGGUAUUCGGUCAGGAAGAUGUUUAUAGUGUGCCCUCAAAAUACGUUCUACGACGGGAGAAAAAAUAUUCGUAAAAGGCACACUUUGAUUAGAGCAGCGUAUAGUAAUUCCAAUCAUGAACCGACCAUGCAAAGAUACCAAAUUUUGUUCAAACGAUUCUAUGAAAUAGCUGAGGUAGCUUGUGAAUCAGAAGUUGCUUCUAAUGACAUGGAAAAAGAACUUCAUUUGCUGGGAAAAAGGUUUGGAUGCAGUUCAUCCAUCACAAAUAACAUAAUUAGUGAAGGAGGCGAACUACGGUAUGACAAUCCGGUCACCGGUACAAUACACGACACUACUAGUGCAAGUGUUGAUGUACUUGUCCUUGAUCGUGAAACAAAGAAACGAAGGCCAUCUUCUUCUCGUGAUGGACGUCGUCGCCAACGCAAUCCAACACCAUCCCCACCAUCAUCCCCACCACCACCAAACAAUGAACUUUUCUCCUCUGAUGAACAAUAUGAGAAAUUUGCAAACCAUUUUUUCAAUUGUGAAAUAUUGGAAAGCAAAUAUCUCGAAGAUGCUUACUUUGAAGGAAGAAAUUUUCAAUUCUACGACAUAUUGUCUGAGGCUGGGCUGACGAAAUUUGUGUCCUUAAAUAGAGAUUUCUAG